CAUCAAAGUAAAAUCGGCUGAUUGAGUUAGUUUUGCUUACUAGUGUUUUUAUAUUGCUUUUUUUUGUAUUUUAAUUAAUUUUGAUUUGGUGUAGCAUUUAUGUUGUGUUGUUUAUUAAUGUCUCAGGAAAAAAAUUAAGCUAUGGGCUUUGUUGUUUAAUAAUACAGUAUUACGAAAGUGCACGAUGAAGCCUGUAAUUGAUUUUGAUGAAUGUUUACGAGACUCUCCCAAAUUUAGGGAACAGCUGGAAACAGAAGAAUCAAGUAUUGACGCGUUGGAACAAAAGCUUGAUAAAAUCCUUAAGACAUGUUCUGUUAUGAUAGAAACUGGAAAAACGUACAUGAACCAGAGAAGCAUAUUUACAAAUGCACUAUGGGAUCUGAGUGGUAACUUCUCUGAGGACCCAUCAAUUAUGUCUAUGCUUAAUAGAAUGAUACAUGCUUUGCAAGAGAUGACCAAAUUCCACUCUAUAUUGCUUGACCAAGCAUCAAGGACUAUACUUAAGAAUCUCAGUGCAUUUAUCAAAGUAGAUAUUAAAGGGGUAAAGGAGAGCAAACAUCACUUUGACAAAAUCUCAAAUGACCUAGAUAUUGCUCUGAUAAGAAAUUCACAGGUGUCACGUCACAAGGCAACUGAUGUAGAGGAAGUUGUGAAUCUCCUACUGGCUACAAGAUCUUGUUUCCGUCACACUGCACUUGAUCAUGUUCAGAAGAUUACGAUGCUACAGGCCAGAAAACGACAUGAAAUAUUAGCAACUUUCCUGUCGUAUCUUCAAGCCUGUUGCACCUAUAACCACCAAGGAGCUGAUCUCUCUGAAGACUUGGAACCCUUCUUGAAAUCUACGGCUGACGAGAUCGCAGUUAUGCGUAACGAUACAAAAUCACUCGACAAGGAGAUGGAGAAUCGGCAUACAAUUGUUAAUAGCAAAGAUACGGUGCUGCCAAGUUGUAAGCCUGGCGAGGGAGAGGGGGAAAAGGAUGGAAUGCUCAACCCACCAUGUCUUAAAAAUAUGCCACGAAUGCAAGGGUAUCUGUUCAAAAGGACCUCGAACGCUUUCAAGACGUGGAAUCGAAGAUGGUUCUAUUUGUAUGACAAUCGACUUGUUUAUAGAAAGAGGACAGGCGAACUAAACGUGACAGUGAUGGAAGAGGAUUUGAGAUUGUGUACUGUCAAACUCGUGGUUGAUGGCGAGAGGCGCUAUUGUUUCGAAGUACUUUCACCUUCAAAAAGUCACAUGCUACAAGCAGACUCGGAGGAAAUGCUAAAUCUCUGGAUCCAAGCUUUGCAAAACGGGAUACGGUCUGCCAUACAACAGGGACAGAGCAGGGAUAACCCGGACUCGCAACUAGUGUUGGUGCCAGAUACAAGACCUAAUGGAGAUAGAAAUAACGUCGCCUAUCCACUGAUGAAAAAAGUUAGAAUAUGGGAGCAGUUGUUAAGUAUUCCGGGGAACAACUAUUGCUGUGAUUGUGGCAGUGCUAACCCACGUUGGGCUAGUAUCAAUCUUGGUAUCACCUUAUGUAUUGAAUGUUCCGGAAUUCACCGUUCGCUUGGCGUACACGUGAGCAAAGUGCGUUCGCUAACCUUAGAUGACUGGGAACCCGAUAUCAUAAAGGUCAUGGCCGAGUUGGGAAAUAAAGUGGUGAAUCUCAUAUACGAAGCCAACACAGACGGCUCCACAAUACCUAGAGCAACUCCGGAUUGUGAAACAUCGGUGCGUGAAGUGUGGAUACGUGCCAAGUACGUGACGUUGUCGUUCGUACGUAACAUCGUGAGUGCGAGCGAGCCUCGACACGAACCCGCGAGAAAUGGACGACGGUGGUCAGUACGAAGAGCGAGGAGACGAGUCCGUGCGUCAACCACAGUGCCAGAGACUAUAAAGGAUGAAAAAAGUGACGUCAAUAGCAAUACAAGUGUUUCAGAGAGUUCAAGCAAGUCGGACGAUAGCCCAGUACUCUUAAUAGGCAAGGAAUUGUCAAGUGAAAGGGCUGUCGACCUCAGUUUGCCUUCAGACCAUGACUCUACAGAGGGGGAAGACGACGAUCUUGACGCAGAAGACAUAUCCUGCCUGUCAGGCGACGCAGUGUUAUGCCGCGCUGCGCGUGCGCACAACGUGUGCGUGAUGAGAGCCGCGUUGGCCGCAGGCGCAGACCCGACUUGCAGGAACGACAGGCAACGCACGCCGCUGCAUUGCGCCGUGUUGAGCGGAUCGGUAAUGGCCUGUUCCUUUUUACUGCUCAAUGGCAGCAAAAUCAAUGACCAAGAUGAGGACGGGAUGACUCCAUUACACCUCGCUACCGAAGCCGGUCAUACUGGACAGGUAUGUCUGCUCCUCCGGUACCGCGCAGACCAAGCAAUAGUGGAUAAUCAGGGACGGACUCCGCUGGAUAUAGCAGUCGAGCAGGCCAAUGCAGAUAUCGUUACGUUACUCCGUCUUACAAAACUCAACGAGGAAAUGCGUGAAAGUGAGAUGUCCUCAAACGACGACACAUACAACGAGGUGUUCCGCGACUACACUCAGUUGGCCCACUCCCACCCCGAGAGGCUCGUACGGCCCAGGCAUAACAAUAAUGACGGUGAACAAUCAAGUGAAUGACGUCUGGAGAAACAGCUUCGUCGCUUCCAACGCUGGUGGUGCGAGGAAUAAGUAUGGAAUAUUACGUAUUUAACGGAUUUAGACGCGUUUUCCUACCAGUUUACUCAAAAACUAUGUAUAGUAUAUACAAAUAAUAUAAAAUAAUUAUUUCGUUUUCAUUAUUGUGUAUUAGUAAUGGUUUGGACUAGUUUUAAUCAUAUUAAAACAGUUAAUUCCAUAUAAAAUGUUAAAAUAAAUCAUUCAAUAAUUCUUCCAUAUACAUAAAAAAUAACAAUUAAUUCUAGAUAUAUGCUUCUUAACGUUGGUCAAUACACCUGUACGGCUGGACCGAUAUUAAUGAAUUUCGUGUUUGUGUUAGUAUAUAUUGGUAAUUGUUUUGUGUAUAACGUACGGAUUUAUAAUCGUUGAAUAUAGGAAUUGUGCUAAUUAGAUAUUAUUAGGAGUUAAAUCGUCGUGGCUUAGUGGUUAAGAGACAUCGCCCGAAAAUUCGGUGAAAUAAUCAUUCUCACAAAAGGCCGAUAACCUACUUGCCUUAUACACACUCAAAUCGGCUUAAUAGUAAAAGAUCUCUAAAUUAAAUGCUUUAAAUGUCAAUUAAUAAAUUGCUUAUUUAUACAUUCCUAAUUAAGUUGUUAAUAAUCAAAUCAAUAAUUAGAACUUUGACUUUUUAUCUAUUGCGAUAUGACAUAAAUGCCUUCAUCAAUAUUCUUACUAGUAAAAUUAAUUAACGUUUUAAAGUACUCUUAUGUCUCUUUUCAUCAUAGCAUAUACACAAUUUGAUAGAACGAGACGGAAGAAGUCAAGUAUAGUGUAAUUUCUUUAUAUCAAACAUUCUAAGGUAGCUAAGCUAAAACUCAGAAACGAGA